UAUGUUCACUCUUAAAUUAAGAUUAAAAUAGAUAGUAUUCUAGCUUCGAUUAUCUCCUAUUAAUGAGAUAAUAAUUCGAAAACAAAUACUAUUAUACGUUUUAUUGUAUUAUAUAAAAAAGUUAAAAUGUAUGAUAAGAAAUUCUAAACUUGGGGAUAUCUGAGAAUU